AUGAUGACCCAAAACAACACCGCACAUCUCCCAAACAUCGAUGGGUUAACAAAAGAACAGGUAGAAGAGUUCAAAGAAGCCUUCGAACUGUUCGACAAGGAUGGCGACGGCAGAGUUACCGCAGUAGAACUAGGCAUUGUAAUGCAGUCACUCGGACAUACACCUACAGAGCAAGAGCUAAUUGACAUGGUAAAUGAGAUCGACGAAGAUGGCAAUGGCUCUAUUGAAUUGGAAGAGUUCGUUAAGAUGAUGUCGCGGAAGGUGAAAGAUACAGAAACCGAGAAGGAGCUACAAGAAGCUUUCCAGGUGUUCGACAAAGACAACGAUGGCUACAUCUCGGCCGUGGAACUGAGGUUUGUGAUGAUGAAUCUGGGAGAAGACCUGAGUGAAGACGAGGUUUGUGAAAUGAUAAGAGAAGCAGACCUUGAUGGCGAUGGAAAAGUUAACUUUACUGGUAAGAAACAAAAUCUAUUUUUAAAAAAAUACAUAUGUUGCUUACGGUUGGUAAUUUACUGGUAAAAGUCCAACCCUAAUACUGCCCCCACCUGUUGAGAGAGUCUCCUACCCUCCCCCUGUAAGGACCUUCGCCUUAUUCUAACUUACUAAUUUAAUCAUAUCAUUCAUAUUUCAGAGUUCGUAUACAUGAUGAAAGGCAAACUCUAA